AUGUCAAAUGUUGGUGGGUAUAAUGCAAAUAGAUAUGGAUCGUCAGCUAUAAAUGAUCGUCUUCGAGAAAUAGCUGCUCAAUAUGAAAUAAAUGAUACACUCACUCAACAUCUUAAUAUCCUUCAACAAUUCAAAAUAGUUCUAUUUUGUGAUGAUUCAGAUUCAAUGAAUACACUAGUUGAUGAAACAACAGGUACUCGAUGGGAUGAAUUACGAUCUAUUGUACGAAUAGUUAUUGAAUUUGGCACUGUAUUUGAUUCAAAUGGAGUUGAUGCACAUUCUCUUAAUCGUCCAUCAAUACCUAAUGUAACUGAUACACAACAAGUCGUGAAAUCAUUUAGUCAACGUUCAGCUGGAGUAACACUACUUACACGAGCUUUAAGACGAAUUUUUCAAUCGAUAGCAAGUAAACCUGGUAGUGAUAAACGUUUACUUGUAUUUGUAGUUACAGAUAGAGUUCCAACAGAUCGCAAUGGAAAUGUUGAUGUACAAAGUUUAGAAAAUUUAAUGUGCAAUGAACGUCAAGGAAAUACAACAUAUGUAACAUUUGUUUGUACAGAUGAUGAAUCAAGUGUGGCUUAUUUAUCAAAAUGGCAUCUUACAAUGAUGAAUUUUAAUGUUGUUGAUAAUUAUACAACUGAAAGAGAAAUAGUACGCCGUACUCGAUGA